AUGCCUGUGAUAGCAGCAGAAGAAGCCUUGCUUAUGCUCCUGCUCCUGCUAUUUGUUUGGUCAUUAGCACUGGGUACCUUAACCUAUUGUUAUGCUGAACAAGAAGAUCAACGUAGUGACAUCCAUUGCUUGAAAUCUAUUAAAGAGUCGUUGGAGGACCCUUUGAAUUCCCUAGGCAACUGGAACUUUAACAACAUCACACAAGGUUUUAUCUGCGACUUCAGGGGGGUUGAGUGCUGGCAUGUUGAUGAGAGCAAAGUCCUCAACCUCAACCUCUCCAGAAUGGGGCUUAAGGGCAACUUCCCUCGGGGCAUCGUAAACUGCCAAAGCUUGGUGCAGUUGAAUCUUUCCCACAAUCACCUUUCAGGGCAAAUCCCAUGGAACAUAUCUGAUUUGCUCCAAUAUGUGACCAGCCUUGAUCUCUCCAACAAUAACUUUUCUGGCCAAGUCCCAGAGAGCCUAGCCAACUGCAGCUAUCUUAACGUACUUGAUCUUCACCACAACCGACUUAAUGGUUCACUACCAACUCAACUAGCCAUGCUUACCCGGAUCACGACUUUUAGGGUCCAUAAUAAUCUCUUGUCCGGGCCAGUUCCUCCAUUUUUCUCUAAUCCCUAUGUUUUUAUUACAGAGGAGAGUUUUGCAAAUAACACAGGACUCUGUGGGGUUCCUUUGGAAAGUUGCCAUAACAACAAAAGGAAAUCAUAUGUUCAAUCCUUCGAUGUUCCCUUCGGAAUUGGUUAUGCGCUUUCAUUCAUAACCUUGUUUGCCUCAUGUUGCGUGCCAUGGAUCGAAAUUAAGAUGGAAAUGAGGUGGAUGGUAUUCUCUCUACUAGAGAAGAGAAACAAGAGAAAACAAGCUCAUGAUAAACUGAUCAAAUUUCGAGCUGAAAAACAGAUUGGCAGGUUUGAAAGAACAAUAAAUAAAAUGAGUUUUACAGAACUGAGUAAUGCAACUGGCAGUUUCAGUUUGGACAAUGUUAUCGGAUUUGGAAAAUGGGGGACUAUGUACAAGGCCACACUUUCAAAUGGUUGGUUUCUUGCGGUUAAGAAGUUGCACCACGACUCUGAACAAUCUGAGAAGCAAUUCAUAUCAGAGCUACUGGCUCUGAGCAGAUUGAGGCAUGUAAACUUGAUUCCCCUGCUCGGAUUCUGCAUACAAAACAAUGAGAAGCUUCUUGUGUACAAAUACAUGUCGAAUGGAAACUUGUAUAACUGGUUGCACCCAGUGGCAGAUGCUAAUAAGAUUUUGGAAUGGCCUUUGAGGGUUAAAAUCGCCAUUGGGGUUGCAAGAGGCAUGGUGUGUCUCCACCACAACACCAAGUUCCGAAUUGUCCACCGCAGCCUAAGCUCAAACAGUAUAUUGCUUGAUCGUUAUUUUGAACCCAACAUAUCCAACUUUGGAGAUGCAAUCAUCUCAAACAGAGGGGGAGUAAUGUUUUUGUGCUCAAGUGACGGUGAGUCGGGGCAGUUUGUUAACAGUGGUCUGUGGGAGUCGGAUUUUGUGAAGAAGGAUGUGUAUGACUACGGAGUUGUGCUUGUUGAGCUAAUCACAGGAAAUGAACCCGCUAUAACUACUGGUUGUUCAAACAGUAAUCUACACAAGACAUUGGUCGAGUGGAUUGAUCAUGUUUCAACUAGCUCACUCAUUUUCAAUGACGCCAAUGAUAAGCAUCUGAUUGGGCAAGGGUUUGAUGAUGAGAUGAUUCAGUUCCUUAAAAUUGCAUCUGAUUGCGUUCGGCCAUAUCCAUUUCAGAGGUCUACAAUGCUUGAAGUAUACACAAGACUCAGCAUUAUUGGUCAGAAGUAUGGCAUUCCCUGUGAUUCUGGAUUUCUCAUAUAA